UUGGCACUGAAGACCAACCUUCUUCACUGUGUGAGGAGAGGGGAGGGGAUUAUUUCUGGUGGUUUGGAAGCUUUUGAAAUAUACAUAUUUUAAUUGUCAUCAUGGGAGGGCUUUUUUGGCAAACUACUGAUAGAGUUGCUUUUAAAAGGGGUUCAGUCUUUCCUGAGCCACUUUGGAGGGUCUAAAGUUUUGAGCUGAUAAACAUCUUCCCUUUAUGUGAAUUAAAGCUUGGAACGUUCAUUCAUAAUAUGAAGAUGCUGCUGACUUUGUUCUUCUUCCUUAUUGGGAGUCAAACUUCAGUAACUCAGACACCUGCCCCUACAUCUGCAGAUAUUGUCCUUUUGGUUGACAGCUCUAAUAGCCUGGGAAACAAGGCAUUCCCCUCUAUGAAGUCUUUUAUUAGCAAAAUGAUCAGUCAUUUAACAGCGACUCCUAACCAAUACCGUAUCGCGCUUGCCCAGUACAGUGAUGAUUUGCACGUUGAAUUUCUGCUGGACACCUAUAAAGCAAAGAACUCAAUGCUGAAUUAUGUAAAAAAAAAUGUUGUAUUCAAGGGUGGUUCAGUAAAAACUGGCAAUGCCCUUCGAGAAGUUCACAAGACCUUUUUCAAAGGACCAGCUAGUGGAAGAGACAAAGAACGAAUUCUGGUAGUCUUGACUUCAGGGGCAUCAGAGGAUGCUGUAGAAGAGCCUGCCAAGAUCUUGAAAAGUGACGGGGUAAAAAUCAUAGCCAUGGGGAUUCAGGAUGUUUCUCCUCAAGAAUUGCAGUCAAUGGCUACAUCUCAAUUUUCUUAUAAGUUUCGCACAGUGAGGGAUCUCAGUAUGUCUUCUCAAAACCUGACCAAGAUCAUUGAGGACAUUAUUCAAACAGAUAUAAUUGCAAGUGCUUCUGAGAGAGAAGUUUGUAAGAGUGAUUCCGUUGCUGAUGUUGUGUUCAUAGUAGAUGAGGGUGUUUCAAAACCAAAUGCUGAAGAUAUUAAAAAGUUCCUGCAAGAUACAGUUUCCUUUCUUGAUGUGAGGAAGAAUUGUAUAAAGGUUGGCCUAGUGACAUACAGCAGUGAGUCACAUGUGUUAUCUUUAUUGAGCGAAGAAACAAACAAAACUGCUAUUCUGCAGAAAGUACAGGGCUUUUCUCCAAGGGAAGGGAAGGCCAACACCGGUGCUGCCAUUAAGGCUACAAGGCAAAGAGUCUUCUCUGGAAGCAGAAAGGCCCAAGGGAUAGAGCAAAUAGCCAUUCUGAUCACCCACCGACCCUCUGAAGACAACGUAAGUGAGGCAGCUCAUGAUCUUCGGAGAGCUGGUGUGACUGUAUUCACCAUAGGCAUUGAAAAUGCUGAUUACACCCAGUUAACCCAGAUAGCAUCAUAUCCUCAACAGCAAUAUGUUACUAAGCUGACGGCAUUUUCUGACCUGCCAAAAGAAGCCAAAACUUUACAAAAGAAACUCUUGAAUCAAAUUCAGGACAAGCUGUAUGUCCAGUCUGAAAGAAGAGAACUACUUAAAGCAGGAUCUGUGGACACAGAGGAAGCUGAUAUUUAUGUCCUCAUUGAUGGCUCAACAAGCAUUUAUCCUGUUGCCUUCGGAGACAUCAAAAAUUUUUUGAAGGAAGUGAUUAAGAUGUUUAACAUAGGGCCAAAUAAAGUUCGCUUUGGAGCUGUGCAGUUCUCACAUGACAAAAGACUGGAGUUUGAACUUGAUGAAUACAGCAAAACAAAUGAUUUAGAGACGGCCAUUGACAACAUUAGGCAAAUAUAUGGGGAUACCCAUAUUGGAGAAGCAUUGACUUUCAUGCAGCCACUGUUUAAAAGGGCAAGGGAGCAGAGAGCUGGCAGGGUGCCUUGUUACCUCAUUGUCCUAACAGAUGGGGAGUCACAUGACAGUGUGAAGGAGCCUGCUGAGAGACUGAGGAAUGAGAAGGUUAAUAUUUAUGCCAUUGGUGUAAAAGAUGCAAAUGAAGCACAGCUCCAUGAGAUUGCAGGGUCAAAGAGCAGGACUUUCUUUGUGCAAGAGUUUGACUCCUUGAAAAACAUAAAAAAUGAAAUUGUUCAAGUGAUCCGUUCUGGAGAAGCCUGCAAAGAAAUGACAGCUGACAUCAUGUUUCUAGUGGACAGUUCUGGAAGCAUAGGACCAGAGAACUUUUUGAAAAUGAAAAACUUUAUGAGAGAACUGGUGAACAAAUCUGACAUCAGCACAGACCGAGUGCAGGUUGGGGUCAUCCAGUUCAGUGGCCAACCACGGGAAGAGUUCCAGCUUGACCGAUACUCUUCAAAAACUGACAUUUUCAGUGCUAUUGAUAAGAUGCGCCUUAUGGGGGACAAUGCACUAACAGGAAGCGCAUUGACAUUUGUGUCUGAUUAUUUCAAGCCUCCCAAAGGUGCACGUCCGGCUGUCAAAAAGUUUCUUAUCCUGAUUACAGAUGGGGAAGCGCAGGAUGAAGUAAAAAGUCCAGCAACAGCCUUACGUGAUCAAGGUGUUAUUAUCUACUCUGUUGGGGUGUUUAAUGCAAAUAAACCUCAGCUGGAAGAGAUUAGUGGGAAGCCUGAGCUGGUUUUUUACGUCGAGGAGUUUGAUAUUCUGAAGCACAUAGAAGAUGAGAUCAUCUUUGGAAUAUGCAGGCCUCAUGAGGAAAAAUGCAAAAGGAUAGAAAGAUUAGAUGUUGUGUUUGUGAUAGAUGGAUCUGGGAGCAUAAGUCCCUUACAGUACCAGGCCAUGCAAGACUUCAUGAUUGAUUUGGUGAAAAAAUCUGAUGUUGCUCCAGAUAGAGUUCAGUUUGGAGCUGUAAAAUAUUCUGAUGAACCGGAAACGUUUUUCUACCUUAAUACGUUCACAACAAAAUCCGAGAUUGUUGAGGCUAUCCAGAAUGAUAGAACUAUAGGAGGUUCAACGUUCACAGCCAAGGCAGUUGGCUAUUCGGAAGCUCUGUUUGCUCAGGAGCAUGGCGGCCGCAAAAGCAAGGGAGUUCCACAGAUUCUUAUAGUGAUAACAGACGGUGAGUCCCGUGAUGCAGCAGAGCUCAAUGACACAGCCAAGAGAUUAAGAGACAAUGGAAUUAUUAUCUAUGCUGUUGGGAUAAAAGGAGCAAAACCGGAUGAGCUUUUGGCCAUGGCUGGAUCAGAAGACAAAUAUUACUAUGUGGAUACAUUUGAAGGACUCAAAAACACAUCUGUAGCAAUAUCAGAAAAAAUGUGGUGAUUCAAAACCAGAUGAGCAUUCGAAUUAAAAUUCAUGGCACUCCUGUAGACACCGUGGUGAUUACAGUGCUGCGAUUGGCCUCUGUCCCACAAUGCCUGUUCUCAUCUCUCUGGUUAUCAGUUUGAACUCUACUGCCCUGCCCUCAGGUGACCAACCUUCAGCCCCACCCCCGACAUUCCUUUGCAAAUUUGAAAGUCCCCUUCCUGUUUGCUCGGUGACGUGUGCAGUGUUCUCAGCGCAUCUUUCCAGGUGGACAUUCCUGCUCCACGUACCAGGUGAUCCCCUCACUUGGAGCAAUGCCGAGCUGCUGGACCUCAUCGGCAUUUGGGGAGAGGAGGUUGUCCAGUCCCAGCUGCGUUCCAGCCAUAGGAAUUAUGAUACCUACGUACAGAUUUCAUGAUGCAUGACAGAUAGGGGCCAUGACUGGGAUACAUUGCAGAGUAGGGUAAACAUGAAGGAGCUGCGGAACGCCUACCACAAAGCACGGAAGGCAAACUGCUGCUCCGGUGCUGAGCCCACGAGCUACCAGUUCUACAAAGAGCUGGACACGAUAUUCGGUGGCGACCCCACCUCUACUCCGGAGACCCCUGUGGAUACUUUGUUGGCUCGCGUGACAGUCGAGAGUGGACUGAGUCAGGACACCUGAAAAUUUGGGACACCUUGGGUCUUUGUGUCCAUCCCUCUGUCUCUUCCUAUCCCUGUUCUGACCCUUCUUGCAGGCUCCCACAGCUGGCUGCUCCAGCUUGAUGAGUCUUCCUCCUGAGGGGAUCUAGUAAUUUAAAAGUGAGAGUCUUCCAGCCUGCCAGACCUAUUAGCACAACAUUGAAACUGUUAAAGAGCCAUUAAAGUGGUAAUGAAGCCAUUUAACAGGCAUUUGCCACCCCCCAGGUAUAUACUGUCAGUUUCUG